CACGUGUGUACAUUUUUCUCCUCCCUCAAAAUAAGUUUGUGCCGAACUUAAAAGUUCCAUCACUGCAACUGAGACUGCCUCUGGGUAACGACCAAACAUGUUCGUUUACAAGCACCAAGCUUAUGCGUGUAUCUAUGCAGUGGCAGUACUGAUGCAUUGCGCAGUGCGAGUGGCAAUGGGCAGCACACUCCGCGGGAGUCCGGCUGGCGUGGGGCGAUCAAGCAGCGGCACCAUGACCGUGUCGGUGACGGAGGGGCAACUCGCCGUGUUGGAGUGUGGCUCCGACUCCACCGAGCCUCUCAGAUACCUCUACUGGUACAAGGGAAGGGCGCCGCCUCAGAAAACGCUAGUUGCCUUCCUGAACAGCGAGACGCACGCGAACGGCACUGGCCGCGGUGAACCGGGCCAGAGGGCCUCGAUCCGGGGCCGCUCCACGCUGCAUCUCGGCCGGGCUAGACGAUCCGACUCGGGCACGUACCGCUGUGAAGCCCUGCCCGUGCGCUCGCGAAAAGUGGUUCCUCACGAGGUGCAGCUCAUCGUCACAGAGAGGAGAAUUGUUGUUGCAAGCACAGUCAACGACAAGACACACACACCAAUUACAUCAGUCAGCUCUUUUGUGACACCAGAACAAACAAGCUCAACAACGAUAAAGGGCAACAACGUUACAGACUUGCGCAGGGAAUUUCACAAAGACCUACUCAGAAAUUUGUUUCCAGACGGCACCAUAAAAUCUGAAGAAAUUUUGUUGGUGGUUAUAGUAGUCGUCAUGCUUUUGGCAUCAUUUCUCCUUGUUGUCGUCAUCCUUAAAAUUCUGUGCAAGAGGACAAAGACACAGGAAGAAGGAAGGACACAUACAAAUAAAGAUGAGAAAAACCCAUGCCUUGCAACGUAGUACAUUUCCUCAUUCCAACAUCAAUCACAUGGCUUGUGAAAAACCCCCAAGUUGCUUUACAUAUAUUUACCGAUGUCACGUUAAAUAUAAAUACAUAUCAAAGCUGUAUGAUCUUUUAACACAGAUGUAUCACCAAUUAUUUUUUACACUAACGUAUGUAUUAUAUGCUGUACAGUAUACAGGGAUAUUGUUUUUAAAUAAAGUUUUAUUAAAACCGUAUCUCGCGGGCUCGGCCUCUCCUUUUAUUCAUCUUGCUAGCCGGCGUUUUACUCCACUUCAAAUACGCGUAGAAACUUGACGGCAAUUCGGUGUGAACUAAAUGUUUACAAUUUUUGGGAGCACUGUAUACAUUAUAUCAAAUAAAGUGAAUAGAAUUGUG